AUGCCCUCCGUCGUCGCUACGGCGCCCACACCGCAACUCCGCGUGUCCGCCGCAAAGAAGGGCUCCGCUGCCGAUGAGAAGCCCUCUCCCCGAGUCCCUCCCCCCGAGACGUCCGCUGUCGAUGAUCAUUUCUUUUGGACGUAUACGGAAGAACCGCAUCGGUCUAGACGUCAGGCCAUCAUAAAAGCCCACCCCGAGGUAACCAAGCUCUGCGGACCCGAACCGCUGACCAAGUAUGUGGUACUGGGCGUCGUCUCACUGCAGAUCUGCUGCGCAUAUCUGCUUCGUGAUACGUCUAUCCUGUCCUGGAAAUUCCUCGCGACGGCGUAUAUAAUUGGUGCGACGGCGAACCAGAACCUGUUCCUGGCUAUCCAUGAGAUCUCUCACAACCUGGCCUUCCGAUCUCCUUUGGCCAACCGCCUGCUAGCCAUUUUUGCCAAUCUACCAAUUGGAGUGCCUUACAGUGCUGCGUUCCGGCCCUACCAUCUCACUCACCACAAGUCCCUCGGCGUCACUGGCCUGGAUACCGAUCUUCCCACGGCCGUGGAGGCUUUCCUCCUCGAUUCUCUCCUGGGCAAAGCCUUCUUCUGCACCUUCCAGAUCCUCUUCUACGCCCUCCGUCCCAUGUUCGUCUACAGCCCUCCGUUCACCAUCAUCCACCUCGUGAACUUGUUCGUGCAACUAUCCUUCGACUUCGCCCUCACCAAGCUCUGCGGCGGUUCUCUGCAGCCAUUCUAUUACUUGAUCGCCAGUUCCUUCCUCGCCGGCUCGCUGCACCCCUGCGCCGGGCACUUCAUCGCGGAGCACUACUUCUUCUCUCAGGUGCAACACGGCACCGAGUCCAUUGAGUACCAGAAACAGAACAAGAAGCAAGACCCCCACCCUCUCGACUCGUUGCCACCCCCGGAGACUUACUCCUACUACGGCCCCCUGAACAUCUUCACCUACAACGUCGGCCUGCACAACGAGCACCACGAUUUCCCCGCCAUCCCCUGGACGAAGCUGUAUGCGCUGCACCGCAUGGCCGCGGAAUUCUACGAGCCGCUGCCCUGCCACCACAGCUGGGUGUGGGUGAUCUGGACCUUCAUCCUGGACAAGAACGUUGGCAUGUGGUGUCGCGUGAAGCGGGCUCAGGGCGGUCGAGUCGUCGGCGGAGGCGGUACCCAAAGUGGUCGUGGUGGUGAGGGCAUAUCUGCCGCGUCGGCUGGUCCGGACGAGUCAGGGGAUGGGUGGAAGGAGAGCGAGCUUCAGAGUUGA